GAGAAGGGAGCGGUUGAGCAGAGAGAGAGAGAGCGAGAGAGAGCGAGAGACGUGGUUUAGUGCGAGAUACAGGAGAAAACGAGAGCAAAAAAAGGUUUUGAUUCCCUGUUUUUCGCCUUCUACAACUAUUGCAUUCUUACGAUCAGAAGUUUGUAGGAGGAGGAGAUAAUUUAUGGAUUGAGUUUUCGAAGAGUAUGAUUGAGUUCAUGGAGUCGAGAGCCAGUUCUGAACAGACUGAGAAAUCUGUAGACGCUCAGCUAUGGAGAGCUUGCGCCGGCGCCUUGGUUCAAGUUCCGGCGCCGGAUUCGAAGGUGUUCUACCUUCCUCAAGGCCAUGCCGAGCAUACAGGCCAGAAUGUCGAUUUCCGGAAUGUUCCUAGGGUUCCGGCGAUGAUUCCUUGCAAUGUGUUGGGAUCGUGGUUGAAGGCGGACGAGGCGACGGACGAGGUAUUCUUAAAGCUCCGAUUAGCGCCGAUUUCGGCGGAGUCGUUGAAUUUCCACAACGGCGGUGCUGUGCGGAUCGGAAAUAAUGAAUCGGAGAAUCAGGAGAAGCCGAUGAUGUUCAUCAAGACGCUGACGCAGUCCGAUGCGAACAACGGCGGAGGAUUCUCGGUGCCGAGGUUCUGCGCCGAGACGAUCUUCCCUGCAUUGGACUACGCGGCGGAUCCGCCGGUGCAGACGCUCGUCGCGCAGGAUAUUCACGGUCAGACGUGGAGCUUUAGACACAUUUACCGGGGGACGCCGAGGCGGCAUCUCUUGACGACGGGGUGGAGCAAUUUCGUGAACCAGAAACGCCUCGUCGCUGGCGAUGCGAUCGUGUUUGUGCAAAAGGCGAACGAUGUCGUUUCCAUUGGGAUCAAGCGGGUGAGGAAGUCGUCCACCAGCUCCGUUAACGAGGAAGCAGCGCUGUGGAAUUCCGGCGAUGGAAGCGGGCAAUCGUUCGACGUAUUUCCGGAGCUUAUGGGGGAAGAGAAUCGGAAGAUGGCUGAGAAAAUGUACGCCAUGUCUCUGAUCCAUAAGGGGAAAGUGAAGGGCGAACAUGUUCUUCAAGCUGCGGCUGCCGCCGUCGACGGCCACUCGUUCGACGUCGUUUACUAUCCGCGAUCGACCACUCCCGAUUUCGUCGUGAAAGCGUCUCUCGUGACCGCAUCGCUCCAAGUGAAUUGGGCUGUCGGAAUGCGGUACAAAAUGGAAUUGGAGUCGGAGGACUCUCCCGAUUCCGUGAGAACAAGUUGGUUCGCAGGAUGUGUCACUGCGGUUCAACCCGUCGACCACGUUCGUUGGCCUGAUUCGCCGUGGAAGCGCCUCGAGGUGAGAUGGGAAGAUCCCGAGCCUCUUCAAAUUGUGAAGCGCGUCAACCCGUGGCAAGUCGAACCGAUGAAGGCAUUCCCGCCGAUCCCGUCCUUCCACCUUGCCCCGUACUCGCCGCGGAAAAGGAUGAGAUAUUCGCAAGAACUCGCCGCCGUCGACGCCCAAAUCCCGAUGUUUCCCGGGAGCUACCAUGCUCCCGGUACGAGCAACACCUUCGUGUCUAUUCCGAGCAAUUCGAUUCCUGCCGGCAUGCAGGGAGCCAGGCAUGCUCAAUACGCGAAAUCCUCGGUACAACCUUCCGGCGCCUCGACUCCCAAAGGCGGGAACGGAAAUGUGUCUUGCUUGCUAACGAUCGGGAAUUCGAGUCAGGAAACGAAGAAGCCCGAGUUCAUGCUUUUUGGUCAGGUGAUCGUCCCCGCGGAGCAGAUUUCGUCGUUGUCUGAAUCUCCGAAAAAUUCGGCCCCCGCCGGCGGGGGCGGCUGCAGCGUUUUUGUGAACAUGUUGGACCAGCGCGUGACUCUCGAUCUGCCGAUGUUCGGUUCGUACGUCGAACUGUAUCGAAAGUUAGCCGACAUUUUCGGCGCCAGAAAGGCCAAGAGGUGGAAUGAACUCCUCUACUGGGACGCCUCCGGCGCCGUCAGGCAACUCUGCAGCGAGCCGUAUAGCGAAUUCGCAAAAAAGGCGAAACGUUUGACGAUCAGUGAUGUUUAUCUGUGAACGCUGCCGUUGCCGUCGUCAUCGUCGUCGCCGGAAAGUUGGCCGGAGUCUCUUAUCCUUUUGAAAUUCCGAUCACUGAAGUCUGUGGAUUGGAUUUUAGUGAUCUAAUGUUUGUCCGUACAAUUCCUUAUCGGAAAAAGACUGUUUGAUUAGUUUUGUUGUGUUUGAUUUCGAUGUUUUUAGUUAAAAGACGUUUUGAAGUGUGUCGUUAUUGGCGGUCUGAAUUUUCAAUGUACAUUAGGAAAUAAAUGGGAGUUUGGGGAUGUCUUUGUAAUUUGAUUAACUAAUUUUGAU